AUGGCGGACGGAAAUAUGACGCGGGACGAGUAUCACACUCAACUGAGGAGUUACUGGGAUCAAGUGAGGCAAUCCGAGGGUUUUGAUGUCGGAAAUGUUGUCCUGCCACCGUGGAUGAAUGGAAUGUUCAGUGGACUGGUGCCCUAUGACUGUGGAGUUAAUGAUGAUUAUCCUAAUAGUGACUUGGUCAAAGAUUAUGGUAGGGUGGGGCUUCAUCGCUACAAUCUGUUGAAGGGGACAAACUUCCAGCUCAGUUCCCUAAUCAAGUUCAAUAUGCUAUCGAACCCUGUAUCUUCUUAUUACAUGACGCUGGCUGCCGAAAGUCUAGAUCGAACUGGUGGACGAUCGAGUGCGGAAUUUCGGGUUCGAGUUGAUGAACGAGAAUUUGGCACUUUGGAUUUGGCGUGCUCUGUUGCUAGAAUUGUUGGGGAAGGUUGCACAGUGACCACAAACAAGCCCUUUGUACCACACUUUCAUCAAGGUGCAGUGGGGGAUGGUAUCUUCGAGGGUGAAUUGCCUGAUUGGCCAUCUGAUUUUAGUGAUGAAAACAGAUUCUACGUGUUGAAGGAAUCAGAAAUCUGGUCCAGUGAGUGGAUUCGUAUGUAUAUGACACUUGUGGUUUGUGGAAAUGAUAGAUCAAUCACCAAUAAGUUGGGGCGGAGCAAGAAAGUUCUUCUUCCCUUGAAGAUUGUGGAAGCAGUCAUAGAAACCAAAACCGGAGAUGUGAAGAAGACGCCAAGUGAGAGACUCAAUGCAUUGAAUGCACAUGUCUACAUCACAUUCACCGGUCUGGAAGAGCCUCGAGCCCAUGGACAGAUUUUUGAGAUCGGUAAGCAUCUCAAACGCAAAGCAGUAAUCAGGAGGGUCGUGGAUAAGGAUACACAGUACUUGUCUCUCGUGGGUAAGCUUUUUGGGUGCACUAGAGACUAA